GAGCCGUGCGCAGCGCAGCGGCGGCGAGCAGCCACGUUGACAAGUGAGGGCACCCGGAGGAGUGCUUUUGCAUUUGAGCGACUCGUCGCCAGCUUUUGCUGCUGGAGCAUCGAUUGCUGUGUUUGUGGCAGCAGCUCCAGAGCAAAAUGUCUUCACCGCCUAAAGACAAAACAGAGACCCGUGCUGGACACCCGCCUGCUGUCAAAGCUGGUGGAAUGAGAAUUGUGCAGAAACACCCACAUGCUCCAGAGGCCAAAGAGGAAAAAGACAAGGAUGAGCAGGAUUGGGAAAGCGGCACCAGUCCACCUAAACCAACAGUCUUCAUUUCUGGAGUCAUUGCAAGGGGUGAUAAAGACUUCCCGCCAGCUGCAGCCCAGGUGGCUCAUCAAAAACCACAUCCCUCUGUUGAGAAACAUCCUCACCCACAACAUGUUAACCAGCACAUCCACCAGCCUCGCAAAUGAAUCACCUGUCCAAGACCAGCCAUAGGAUGUAAAAAAAUUGCGGAUGGAAAAAUUAAGAGAUUUGUGCUACUAGAUCUUUUAAACUUGGUAUCUCAUGCUUUUGCCUUAAUUGCCUAUGGUUUGAAUGGUUUAAUAAAUGUGGGAGGGAGAGAAGAAAGGGAAGAAUUUUCACUUCCAUAACCCCAGCUGAAAAACAUGCUCCUAUGUACUGCCAAUCAAAAAUGUUAUGGUCAUAGAAAUGUAACCGAGUGGGGAUAGUUUAGAUCAAACAAUUCCUUUAGUUAUUUUAAACUUUUUCCAUUCCUAGAUUCUGGCACGACAGGAAUAUGUAAGAUGGGAGGUAGUACUGGCUUUUACUUUUCUCCUGCCCUUUUUAAAACAUGUGUGUCAGACCUUUAUGGCAUCAUUGUGAUCUCUUUUUAAUUUUUCUUCUUAAAUAUGUUUGAGGAAGGACAGCUGCUUAAUAAAAAUAAUAAUAAUCAAAGAUAUGAAAGGACCAGAUUUUUCUCAGUUGGGUAGAGAUGUCUUGCAAGAUGUGGAGCUUUAGGGGAUUUAUGCCAUAGCUCUGGCAACCUAGCCAAAGAUUAACCAGCCAGUUGGCCUAGUGGCUUAUCAGGGGUCUCUGUAUUUUUUCCCCAAAAUAACAGAGCAAUAAGAGAAAAUCAUCUAAUUUAAAUGGUAAGACUAGGUAUCUGCAUGCUACUGAGCUUUCUAGAUACUUAUGAAGGACUGGAACUUGUCCUCAAAACAGGUUUUAAACAUACAGAAAUAGCACAUGGUAGAAUCCUUCCUAGAUAUAUAACUUGCUGGGAUAUAUUGGAAUGCUUUACUCUGUAAAGAACUCCCUGUACAUGGAAAGCUACCUUGCCAAAUUUAGCUAAAACUCUUCUUCGUAGCACGCUAGCUUUCUGCCUGCAUGGAGUUCUUGCAUGGACCAUCGGUGAACAUUCAAAGAUAAAAUGCCUCACCUAUGAUCUGAAGACCAGAAACAACUGCACCGUGUACUAUUUCUGCAGGCUUGAUUCAGCUGUACAUUGACAACUUAAGUUCUGUAUUAUGUUAAUGUGGUAAUGUCUGGAGUAAUUCGUACCCAUAGACAAUAAUUUGUACUUGCCCUUUUAAUCACAGCAAGCAGAAUAAAUUGAAGAGAAUGGCCAUCAACCAGUUCUAGUGUACAAGAAGUGGCCCAAGAUGGAGAUGUGUGUUCCUGUAUACAUCAGUUCAAUAGGCACUACGUGAUGCACAUCUGGAUGUGUGCAUCAGCAGGAGGAUUUUCCCUGUUGUAUUGAGGAAAGAUAUAAAAAACGAUAUUUUAACUAAGAUCUUCUAAUUAGUGAAAGCUAGUUCUGGUCAUGCAUACAAAAUUGUAUUACAGCUGUGUAAUUUAGAAUUACUUCUAUAUGCCCAGGUUUUACUUGCAUCUUAUAGGUACUUUAAUUUAUAAAUGAUUGAAGUACACUAAAUCUUCUUUUUUACAAUCUAUAAACUACAAAGGAUUUUAAUAACUUUCAGAAAAGUUGACUGCUAAUAACUCAUUGUUGCAACUGCCCUUCUGGCAAACCAUGGAAAAGUUCCAUUCAUUUUGGGCUUUGGAGAAUCAUUUAUUUUUAAUGACAAAUAACAUGAGAAAUGGCAAAAAGAGAGAGUUUCAGUAAUUAAAACAACCAUUGAAAUAUUGCUAAAUAAAAAUGUUUAAUUAUUUUA